AAAACCCAUCAAAGAGAGUCCAUCUCCUCAAGAAAUGCAGCUCAGAUGCACCCCGGCAGGAAACAGGAAAUGUAAAUGUUUGGGUGAAGCAGGGAGCCAGCCGAAGCGCCCCUCGGGUGGGAGCACCGCCAAGGUAACAUGCGAAAGCAAAACCUCAUCGUCCUGCUUUCUGCCCUGUCACUGGCUGGAGGAUCUGCUGGGAAUGGCUUUGAAAAUGAUGGUUCAGGAGAUGGAUCACCAAUAUUACCCACUGUUACAGUAACGCCUCCUGCUACACAUUCUUCAAAUGCAGAUGACCACGAGCCAGUACCUGGCACUGCAGGCGCUACUGAAAGCAGCUCUGAAGGAAGAAGUACUCCAAGUAUUGAACUGGAUACCAUAAAUGAUCAAGACAGCCUAGAAGCAGCAGAACAGUCUAUCUUGAUACACGUUGUCCCUGUCGUGCUGCUGGUCCUGUUGAUUUUGCUCAUCAUGUUUUUUGUAAUACAUCAUAAAAGGAAGAAGUCUAAGCAAGAUGAGCUGGGAAGUGAAAAUGUGAAAAGUCCUAUUUUUGAAGAAGACACACCCUCUGUUAUGGAGAUAGAAAUGGAAGAGCUUGACAAAUGGAUGAACAGCAUGAACAAAAACGACCUUUUCCUUGCUUUCCAUCUCUACUGCAUGAAGCACAAGCCGCUCUUUACUGCCAGCACCAUUCAUCAUCUGCAUCCUCUGGCAAAUCUAUCAGCCCAUGAAGCAAUUAGCACCUCAGCUGACUGUGAAUGCUUGCCUACUGUAAGAGAAGAAGAAAAAGAAUCCAUUGCCAACCCAAGUGACGGUGAAUCAUGAAGUCACAACAGCAAAGAACUGGUUAAAAUGAAGCAGUGCACAAGCUAACUAUCCUCCAGAUAUUGGACGGACUGGAUUUACAUAGAAUUCAUCUCAAAAGGCCAGAGAAGCAAAUGCUUUUGUUGUGUUCUGCUACAUAGUCUUCAGAAAGGAAACAUCACCAAAGGGAAGGAAAUAGAAAAAAGAGAAGGACUAUAGUAAGAUCAGGGGCUGAUUUAAAUACCUUCUGCAAUGAGAAUCAUCUCACGUCAAGAGAAGCCUUUUCCCCUCCUAAAAGUUCUCAAAAUAGUUCCUGUUUCUGUCUAGUUGUUCAGUUGUGUAUUGUGUGGCACUUAAAACCACUUCUGUUCCAAGUUUGGUGGGUUUGUAUUUAUUUCUUUUGGUGGGUGGUUGUUUUUAUAUAUAACAGCAGCCAUAAAUCUGGACUGCCCUGGUUUGGUGGAUAUGAUGCUCAUGCCUAUGCAAUGUUUGGUUUUCAAUUUGCUGUUUGGUAAUGGUGCACUGAUUUGCACAGGGCAUCUGCUGGGGAGGUACUAGACUAGGACUGACAGACCAACUUUGAGAACAGAGCAGCUGAAAAGACUCUCAAAGGAUUUGCCACAGGUGACUGCAGCCCAGUGAGGGCAUGGUUUGUGUAGCAUGCUUUUUGGUUUUCAAAUUAAAAGCACUGGAGAAGUGAAAAAUA